AUGGAUGCCCUGGGUUUCUAUAUUCCAGCCAAGCGUGAUGAGGAGAUUUCCACUUCCCAUGCCCUCAAGGUUGGUGAUAAAUGUACAAAUGGAGCUCUCGCCCCAAACCCCGAAAACCGGACGCAAUUCUAUUUUUGUUUGGAUAGUAAAGUCUAUCUGGGAACUUGUACCGAUGGUAGGGUGUUUGACGAACGAGUUGCUCAGUGUGUUUAUGCGGGAACCGACCCUGGAACUGGCACGGGCACAGGAACUGGUACCACAGUCAACUGCGAGGGAAACGAUUAUGCGACGUUCCCAUAUCCCAGUGAUAACAUCAGGUACUAUUAUUGCUACAAUGGUCAAGCUCUGGUAGUGCAGUGUCCAGCUAACAAUUAUUAUGACUCUAUCUCGGGUACCUGUGUUUUGGGUUCUGGAACAGGCACUGGUGGUUAUGUGUUUUGCCCAACCGGAGUUAAUACUGUGUUGCCUGAUCCGAAUGGUGAUUGCCAGAGAUACGUGCUCUGUCUGAAUGGCCAAGCCUCCUAUCAAACAUGCCCAAAUAGAUUCUACUUCCACCCAACAACUGGGUACUGUGGUCCGAAUAUUCCAAAUUCAUGUACUGGUGGCGGCGCAUGCAAUCAGAGGGGACUACUAAGACCGGUGCGAAAUAAUUGCCAAGUAUACAAUUACUGCGAUGGAUCCUAUUGGUCGACAAUAAAGUGUCCAAGAAAUUAUUACUUCAGUCCAAGCCGGCUUACAUGUGGACCUACUAUCCCGAAUGGAUGCAGCAAAUACAACAAUUACUACCAAAACUUACUUGGUUCGAACUCAGUUUAUCCUACUUAUCCCACAUACCCAACUUAUCCCUUUAUCCCCACCACUCCAACGGAUCCUUCUGUAGUUUGUGCAACAAGUAUGAAUGGUGUUUUUGCGGAUACCACAAAUUGCCAGAAGUACUUCUAUUGUAUGGAUGGAUUGCCGUAUACAGCGACUUGCCCCAGCGGUUAUUAUUUCAACCCAUUAACAAGAGCCUGCGGUCCAAACAUCCCAUCAGGAUGUACUGUACAAGAUAUCCACCUUGACACCUCCACUUGUCCGGCAAAUUCUGAAAUAACCUUGGCAGACCCAACCAACUGCAAACAAUACAUAGUCUGCACCAAUGGAUUUGGAGCUACCUACGCCUGUGGUCCUGGACUUUACUACGAUAUUGAAUGGAAUACAUGUUCGACAAUGAUACCAGAUAGAUGCACUUGA